AUGGCAAACCCCCCAACUGCAGCACCAGUUUCGGUGCUCUUCGUUUGCUUGGGUAACAUCUGCCGCUCGACUAUGGCCGAAGGCGUGUUCCGUUCCCUCACCUCUUCGUCGCAACAGCACAGCUUUUUAAUCGACGAGAUCGACUCCGCAGGCACUGGCGCUUACCACGUCCACGAUCCUCCUGAUCACCGCACAAUGGCCACUCUGCGACAGCAUGGGAUAAAAAACUACAAUCACGCCGCGAGAAAAGUUACAAAAGAAGACUUCAGAACGUUUGAUUUCAUACUCGCAAUGGAUCAGUAUAAUCUGAGGGAUCUAUUACGGCUGCGUGAUAGUAUUAUGCUUGGGGGGCAAUCCGGGAGAACAAAAGGCCGCAUAACGACGAGUUCGCUGGGACAAAAAGGCAGUGCAGGCGAAACGGCGAUUUCAAAGAUCGCAGAGGUGCGGCUGUUUGGAGACUUCAACCCCGACGGCACUGUCAACAAACAAAUUGGCGGUGGUCAAGAAAUUGAGGAUCCCUAUUAUGGUGGAAUCAACGGUUUCGAAAUUGCCUACGAGCAGGCUAUGAAGUUUUCCAAAGGGUUUCUUGCGUAUUUGGAAAAGCAAACUGAACAAUGA